UUUAUUUUAGACUAGCCCCGCGAGAGCAACAAUCCAAGGCGCCGUUCUGACCUAACCCUGCCAGCCUCGCCGUAGCCGCCAUGCCUAGGCGGCUGCAGAAGAGCGGCGCCGUCCUGGCGUUGGUGCUCUGCGCCGCGGCCACCGUAGUAGAAUCAAAUGCUUUCACCUUCCCGUUGUAUUCCGCCACAAGGGCGUUCCACCAUCGCCGCGCCGUGUCGGGCGAGGCCGCGGCCGCGGCCGCUCAGCCCACCGCUGCCCCGUCGAUCUCGCCCGUGCAACAACCGGUGUCCGCGCCGGGCGCGCAGCCGCCUUCUAGCCCCGUCGUGGCGCCCGUGCCGUCAGUCACGCCACGGCCUGCUCCGGCUCCGCUGAUGCCCGUCGCCGCGGCACCCGCGCCGAUGAAGCCGGUGCAUUCCCCCGUCACGGCACCCGCGCCCUCGCCCGCAGUUCCAGCCCCGCUGCCGCCGCCGACGCCAGCUCCAGCAGCAGGAACCCCCGUAAUUCCAUCUCCAAAGCCACCUGCUCCAGCUCCAGUGAUCGCGUCACCACCGAAUCCAAGUCCAGCUCCGACGGUGGCCACACCUCCAUCCGCCCAGGACUCUGCGCCACCCACGGACAUGCUUGCUUCCGGUGCCGCCGGCCUAGCUGCCUCCACGGGAGCCGUGCUGGUAACUGCCGUCGCCGCCAUCGCUCUAUGUUAGGCAUUUCCCAUUUCUUCCGCUCCAUCAGCGGCAAUAUCAUGGCUUCAAAUUAGUGUGAGUCUGCAUUGCUGUUAAGCAGAUCCAGCUGAACACUACGGAACCAUUAAAUUUGCGAACAUCUUGUUCACUUUUUGUGGCUAUAUGACAUUGAAUUUAGUCUGUUUUGUAUGGUUCUGGAGUGCUUGACUUUUAUACCGGCGACGUGUCGUGUUUGGCUGAUAGUGACGUGAGCAAUUCGACGCGGCGGCGUAAGCAGACAUCAGGCCGAGUCGGUCGUUGGGUUCAGACUCGCACGAAAAGGAGAAGGUUCUCAAAAAAGG